AUGAGAUUAGCUACCAGCCUGUUAUUUUUAUCUUUGGAACUUCUUGGCUCAACAGUCAAUGCACUUCCCAUAUAUCAUGGCGAUAACCAUGAUCAUCAAAAGAGGGAGAUAGUUACAAGAAUGCACACCGCAGCUACUCAGACCGUGACUGAUUUUUACUCCACAACUACUAAUAUAGUUGUAGCACCUACAGUCGAAUUUGUAAUUAGCGGUACUGCAACUUACACUACUACACUACUACCGGAUGGUGUAGAUCCUACAAUUCAACCAUCCGUUACGCUCACUACCACGCUCGCACUGAAACAAGCGGAAAUGGUUUCCUCACUAGGAGCUGCAGGUUUACCUUCAAACGAUGCCACUUCAGAGAUACAAGGAAACCAGCGGGCAACAACACAGGACGUGAAUAGCCAACAGACCACACAAGUACAAACCACGCAAGAACAAAGUACACAAGAUACAGAACAGAGUUCAGUCGAGCCAUCCUCCACCCAAAUGACGACUACCGUUUCACCUACAACAAUUAGUCAAAUUACAAGCGCACAAGAAACAACUGCGAGCUCAUCUGCAAAUUUUGUGAGUGCGAUUGGUAAUGAUCAAGUUCAAGCCUCUGUAAUGAGUCAACCACCAGUUCAAGCUCAUACGUCAUUCGAAGCCACUGCAACUUCAUCCAGCAGUGAAAAUGCUCAGCCAGCUACAAGCACCAGCAGCAGUGCUCCAAGCGAAACAUCAAGUUCUACCUCAGACAAUAAUAACAUGAGCAAUAUCCCUGUUGCUGUUACCUACUCACCUUACAAUAGUGACGGUACUUGCAGAUCAUCGGACUCAAUCUACAAUGACUUGAGAAUUAUCAAAUCAAAAGGUAUUUCUCAGGUGCGUAUCUACGGCACAGAUUGUAAUUCGUUACAAGCCGUACAGCCUGCUUGCUCUGAAUUAGGCAUCAAGAUUAAUCAAGGUUUUUGGAUAUCCAGUGCUGGUGUCGAUUCCAUUGAUGGUAGUGUAGCCUCUCUAAUUGAAUACGGCCAGCAAAAUGGUUGGGACAUCUUUGAAUACAUUACUAUUGGUAACGAAGCAAUUAACUCCGGAUUCUGCAGCGUUAGCGAUUUGAUUUCAAAAAUUGCAUCAGUAAAAAGUCAACUAAGAAGCGCUGGAUAUUCUGGCAGAGUCACUACAAGCGAGCCACCAGUAUCCUACUCUAAUCAUCCAGAACUCUGUACAGACUCUGCUAUCGAUUUUGUUGGAAUUAACCCUCAUUCCUAUUUCAACUCUGCGAUUGACGCCUCGGGAGCAGGCUCUUUCAUUAAAGGACAACUUCAAUUAACUCAAAGAAUUUGUGGCACAGACGAUGUAGUGAUAACAGAAACCGGUUAUCCAUCAAGGGGGAAUACAAACGGUAGAAAUGUUCCAUCUGCAGAAAAUCAACGAAUUGCUGUUCAAUCUAUUUUAGAUGAAUUAGACAAACAAGUUACCAUAUUAUCAUAUUUCGAUGAUCUAUGGAAGGACCCUGGUUCAUACGGUAUCGAACAAUCAUUCGGUAUCGAAUCUCUACUGUCCUGA